CCAUGCUGCUGACUGAGAGCCUCGUUCGACCUGUUGAGCGCAAUGCUCGCUCCGGCAAGCAAAUCGCAGCUGCCGUCUCCGUCAUCCUGCUCGCAGUCUGCACUUUGGCAUUCGUGGUUACAAAUCAGUCCAGCGACAACUCGGAGGAGCUUUUGAACGUUCCUCUCACCAACAAGCAGAGAGGAAUCUUGAAGAGCGUCAGAUCUCAGAAGCUCACCCUCGGCCCUGGUAUGGAGAACGCCGACGACCGUGCCAUCAAGGUUGCGUUUGCCACCUUCAAGGACAGCAAGGACGAUACUGUGAAGAAGACCUUGACUUUUGAUCCUAAGGUCGAGGAGGAGGAGGUCCAGGAAGCGAUGGCUGAUAUGAAGACAAUCACCGGUGAAGUCAAGAACGAAGCCAAGAUCCUCAAGGACCUGACCAAGCCCGACAAGAAGAAGAAGAAGUAGAACGCUCAGCUGUACGUCAUCCUAAGGUUACUUCAUGGACACCAUCAGACUCCUUAUCUCCAUCAGUAGCACAAACCGUUAAUCUCAUCAACGAUCAUUAAAUCAUUUGACUCUUC